AGAGGGUGGGGAAAAAAAGCCAGAGGAAGAAGUAGGACUGUUUACAACAUAAUGGAGCCAAAAUGGUCAAAUAUCGUCUGCAAGCGUGUUUUAUUGACUGGAUUUACGCUAUGUAUUGUAUUAGUCACAAAACCAUCGUCGGCAAUCGACAUACACGCCGACCCUGAAGUGAUGAUGCAGAACGGCACCACGGGAACUCUUCGUUGCACCUUUAAGUCCAGUGAAGUGGUCAGCAGCUCCACCUCGGUGACCUGGAGUUUUCAGUCAAGUCAGCCCGACAAUCAGUUCUCCAAAGCUCCAUACGUGAUUUUCUACUUUUCCAAUGGAAAAGGAUUCCCAGGACAAGAUGAGUUCAAAGACAGAGUGCAGUUUAUUGGAGACAUAAACAAGAGGGAUGUUUCGAUACAGCUGAGUCCGGCUCAGUUCAGCGACAACGGGACCUUCUUCUGUGACGUGAAGAACCCGCCAGACGUAACAGGAACACCAGCUCGAACGGAGCUCAGGGUCGUUCUGAGAGAAUCUCUUCCUCAGAGCAACACCGCCGUCAUAGUCGGAGCAGUUUGUGGUGCUUUACUUCUGCUCGUGCUCAUCGCUGUAGCUGCCUGCGUUGUCAUGAGAGUGCUUCACAACCGCCAUGAAUAUGAAGGAUGUACGUCCUUGGAAAGCGUGAGCUCUCAGGCUCCCAAACCACGAAAGAAGGUGGAGUCCAGCCUGGAGGGCUCCAGGGGUACCAGUCCCUCGGGUCCACUACAGGGCCCGGUGAUAUACGCCCAGUUGGAUCACUCAGGCAGCAAAAACUCAUUCCACAAGAUGGAGCCAGUGGUCUACGCUGACAUUCGUAAAAACUGAAGAGGAACUGGGGACCAAAAGCAUUGAUAAAAAAAACACAGUAAAGUAUCAGACCUCUCUAUCAGCUGCUCUUGGGAAGGGUGGGAAUAUCUCAACAGGGACAAAAAUUGGUGCAAAAUUUUAUUUUAUUUUUUUCAUCUUUUGUCCUCUGAAAGCAUGAUGCUGUUAAUAUGAUAAUGUCGACAUGUGCUUUUGUUGUUAAGACAAAAAAAAAGCAAAGAAACACUCUUAAUGGACACUUCAUCACUCCAUCAGCCUUUAAAUGGUUCUCAGUAAAAAUAUGAAUGCCUUCAUAGAUAUCAUUCCACGUGUUAAGAUGUUAUAUUUUAAUGUUUGUAGCUUUGUGCCUACAGAAGGCCCUGCGGGCUGUUGCACCAGCUGAACACUAACCUUCAUUUCACAUUAAACCACCACUUCUUAAACCACUCAUACAUCCAAAAUAAGUCGACACUAGUCUAAACAUUAUUACAGGAAAUUAAUAACGGUGGAGGAAAGUGAGAGAUUAAAAAAUAAUCCUAUCACAUGUGAACUAGAUGACAUGAUGCAACACGUGUGUUUGACUAACAUUUAUGAAUCUCUUCUCUGGUAAUCUGGGUGUUUUUUACUAAGUUAGUCAUAAACUAUACAAAAACAAUAAUAAAAGUCAAAGAGGUCAUUACUAUUUAAUAUUACUGUUACUACUCUAAAAGCUUCUGUUAUUAACAAUUCCCAGCUCCUGUGAAUGCACCAUAAAAACAAACUUGUGCAUGACAUACUCACGUCAAUAAAAAAGGUAUCUAUCAGAAACAAUGUGCAUUCAGUUUAAAUAUGAAAGAGAAAUAUUCAUCAUUAGUUUUUCUUUACAACAGUACAGUGAACAGUGAUGACAAAAGCUGGCCGGACACUGUACAAUUUAUUGAUUUUGUGUGUUGUGUUAACUCAUCUUUUGUUUGAAUCGGCUUUUCGUCACGGCCAAAACGCACAAUUUCAGUGCUCACACUGUGCGGUUCAGUCAUGAUUCAGAUAAUGAUACGCUCUCACACAGCGUAAACACAGACAGCCUGAUAGAUUUCCAAUCAUUUUGAUUCAAACAAGGUGGCUACGUUCUCAACAAUGUUGAUUUAAAAAGGGAAAGGCAGUGUUGUGUUUGUGCAAUACUGCUAAAGAGAAAAAAAUGGACGAGCAAAAGCCUUAGAAAGGUCAGAAUUAGUCUCCUUUACUUCAAAAUAAAGUUUUCUUUCUAUAGCAGCAGAUUCUCUUUUAAGUCUGUCAUAAUCCACAACCUGGGCUGUACCGAACAGUUCAAAGCUUUCCUCAU